AACUAUAAAAGGAAACGUUUAUUAAAAACAAUAAAUUCUCCCAAAAAUAUAUAUAAUAAUUGAACAGUUUUCUACAUUAAAAUUCAAGAUAAUCAGUUAUAUAUAGUCAAGUGUAAAUUAUACUGCAUAAAUUUUUGGGGCCAUUUGUAAAAUUUUAGUAAUUAGUGAUUAUUUUGGGGAGCUUUACAGUGAGCAGGAUGGGCAGCACAGACAAAUCGGCUAAGCUGACCACGGACGCUGAGGACGAGGACACCAAGAACUUCAAGACGUCCAAGCAUGAGGAGGACGUGCCACAGACUGAGCCUGUCAAGCCUAAGACGAGCAGUUGCAGCACAAUCCCUGGCAGUGCUGCCGGCAGCAACCCCGGCCGCCUGCGACACGACAGCAACAGCAGCUGCGACUCUGCCAGGAGUCCGUCUUCUGACAGGAUGAAGAGACGGCGGACGACAUCCCUCUCCUCAUCCCCUCUCUCCUCUUUCUUUUUCCCACCACCUAGCCAAGGCAUCUCUAACUCCCCUUCUUCCCCAUCUUUCUCCACUCUCUUGUCCUCCUCCCCUUCGUCGACGUUUGUGUCUUCAUCCUCCAGCGGAGGGAGCGGCAGUCCCCCGCUCAUGUCACUCGAUGAAGUCAUGAGCGCAGUCAACGGAGUCACCAACAUGGCACUGGCGCAUGAAAUAGCGCUCGACCACAACUUCAAGCUCGAGAAGUUUGAGCCUCCGCAGGCCAGUCUCGAAAAACAGGUACGGGAUAUGGUGCACCAGGCCUUCUGGGACAACCUCAAGGAGCAGCUCAGCCACACGCCCCCCGUCUACACCCAGGCCUUCGUCCUGCUGCAGGAGGUGCGGGAUCAGCUGCUGGAGCUGACGCUGCCCCAUCAGCUGCGCCUGCGUCAGCAGAUCAGCGACAAGCUCGACCUCGAGCUCAUCCAGCAGCAGGCGCGGCACCACGUCCUCGACUUCUGCGAGUGCGUGGUUCUCAGGGUUCUCAGGGUGGUUCUCAGGGUUCUCAGGGUGGUUCUUAGGGUUCUCAGGGUGGUUCUCGUGCUGGACUUCUGCGAGGUGGUUCUCAGGGUUCUUAGGGUGGUUCUCGUGGUUCUCAGGGUGGUUCUCAGGGUUCUCAGGGCGGUUCUCGUGGUUCUCAGGGUGGUUCUCAUGGUUCUCAGGGUGGUUCUCAGGGUUCUCAGGGCGGUUCUCGUGGUUCUCAGGGUGGUUCUCGUGGUUCUCAGGGUGGUUCUCAGGGUUCUCAGGGCGGUUCUCGUGGUUCUCAGGGUGGUUCUCAUGGUUCUCAGGGUGGUUCUCAGGGUUCUCAGGGCGGUUCUCGUGGUUCUCAGGGUGGUUCUCGUGGUUCUCAGGGUGGUUCUCAGGGCGGUUCUCGUGGUUCUCAUAGUUCUCAGGGUGGUUCUCAGGGUCCUCAUGGUUCUCAGGGUGGUUCCUAUGGUUCUGAGGCUGGUUCUCAGGGUGGUUCUCAGGCUGGUUCUCGUGCUGGACUCCUGCGAGGUUCUCAGGGUUCUCAGAGUGGUUCUCAUGGUUCUCAGGGUGGUUCACAGGGUUCUCAGGGUGGUUCUCAUGGUUCUCAGUGUGGUUCUCAUGGUUCUUAUUGUUAUCAGGGUGGUUCUCAGGGUUCUCAUGGUUCUCAGGGUGGUUCUCAGGGUUCUCAUGGUUCUCAGGGUGGUUCUCAGGGUUCUCUUGGUUCUCAGGGUGGUUCUCAUGGUUCUCAGGGUGGUUCUCAUGGUUCUCAGGGUGGUUCUCAUGGUUCUCAGGGUGGUUCUCAUGGUUCUCAGGGCGGUUUUCAUGGUUCUCAGGUAUACCAUCCAGAUGAUCAGACCAACCAUCGUCAAGCAUAUCGUCGAGUAUGAACGCAAAAAGUUCAAGGAGUUCCUAGCAACCCAGCAGGACGGGCUGGAGCUGACACGUGCGUGGGUGCUCAAACACGUCGACAACUUGUUGCGUCAAAACAAAGAGUCUGGCGACACGCGGCAACCCUCGCAGGCUCCGCCCCUUCCCAAAAAUGAGGCUAGCGACACACGGCAACUCUCUCAGGCCCCGCCCCUCCUCGAGGAUCCUUUAGCCCUGCGCGCCUUCUGCAACAACGCCCUUAACAACGCAUACAUGGAGCUGCUGCAGUGGCCGCAGGAUGAGCUCCUGCCUGAGACGGUGUGCGUGGACCGUGAGCGUGUGCUGGAGCUGCGUGACCGCCUGCACCAGGUGUGCCUGUUGUCGGCCGUGUUGCUGGUGACGCUCAACACAGCGACACACGCACACCCUCCCCUCGCCGCGUCCCACGACGCACUGCGCGCCGAGCUCAAGCGCGACCUUUGCCCCAUACUCGACCCCGCCUACACGCAACAGGAGACGCUGGAGGCGCUGCCUAACCUGACAGAGCAAGUGCUGGUCACCCUGGAGCGCUUCAUGUCGCGCCGGGGGGGCGCCGCCCCUGCAGAAGUCACCUCCCCCAACCCCCCUGGGGCCCCUACACUGUCCCCCAGCCCCCCUGGGGCCCCUACACUGUCCCCCAGCAUGAGGGCAUCUGUGCGCUGUCAGCUGGGGGAGCUGCGGGCGCCGGGGCACCGCGUGACGACGCUGCUGACGGAGCGCUGCCUCGCCUUCCUCAGCCUCGUCCUCAGCAACACCAGCGGCGCCCGCAACACUGCCCUGCCCGCGCCCUUCUGCGUCCUGCAGGAGGAAGUGGCGCGCAUCUGUGGCGGGUUCCUGCGGUUCACGCAGCACAACCGCGCCGUCUUCGGGGAGUUCUACUUCGACAUGGCCGAGCAGCGCCUUAAGCAGGCCUUUAGUCCCCGCCAUAUGUCCUCCCCCAGCGCGGUCUCUACAGACCCUAGCACCAACCUCACAAGCCUAAGCACCAACCCUACAGCCCCUAGCACCAACCCCACAAGCCCUAGCACCAACCCUACAGCCCCUAGCACCAACCCCACAGCCCCUAGCACCAACCCCACAACCCCUAGCAUCGACCCUACAGCCCUCAGCCCUGAUAAAUCCGUCAAAUAUGCUGAAAUUUCUCCUGAAAACGCCGAUGAAUCCAAAUUGAAACCUGAGACGUCGACUGAAAAACCGGAAAAAUUAGCGGACGUGUCGUCGAAUUCCGCGGAAUUUGAGACCAAAGUAAAAAAUCCGAUCCAGGAUUCGGGAAAAAAAUCCAGAUCUGAAAUUGAAGACGUGAAUGUUGAAAAAAUUGAAGGGGGAAGAGCUGAUAAAAAGGGUGAAGAAAGUGUGACCUUCGACGGAAGUGCGGGUAAAGAUACGGGAGAAGAUAAAGGAAGUGGAAUAACAGAACAAAGUUCAUGUGUAAGUAAAGAUAACAAAGAUAAGAAUGAAGAAAAUGAGCCGGCCGCUGGAAGUGGAACUGGGAAACAUGAUUCAGAAGCUCGGAAGCGCUGGGACAGUCUGGAUCUAGACUGAAAUUCCCGAUUAUUUGAGCGGUGCUUCGUGAAAGGGGGUUAUUUUAACCUAAAAAUUCUCUUGAUUUUAACUGACUUCUAAUGAUUAUUUUUUUAAGUAAACCUGAACGCUCGUGCUUUGGUUUUCCGCUCUCGGGAACCUCGAAAUAAUAUGCGAAAUAAAUUCGCGUUAACAGGCGAAAUAAAAAACGUGAAUUUGGCAGAUGAAAAAUGUGUUCAAGUUAUUACAUUUUACUUUAAUUUGAAGGCUAAAUGUCCAUUUAAUUAUGAACGUUAUAUGUAUUUUUUUAGCUUAAAAUAAACUUCGUCCAUUGGCAGUAACGCAGGCUUGACAAUUUGUUAUUCGUUUUAAUUCCAGUUGAUUUCGUCGCUCGUAUAAAAGAAAAAAAUGUUUAGUAGUUUAGUUAUUGAUAUUAAGGAGAUUAUUAUUUGUUAUUAUCAGAAGAUCUUAGAUGAACUUUAAUCACGUAUUGGUAAGACUUAAUUAGUCGUGAUGGUGUCGCCGUCAUGACAGACGUUGCAAUCUUAGAGCUUAAGUGUAGGUUUAUGCAAAUAAAAAAUACUUAAAAUUGAUAAAUACAAUGAUAAUUAGUUUAUCUUUAUACAAGAUCAUUAUUUUCUAUGUGUCUACUAGCAGUGGCUGUAAUUUAGCGACAUUUUUCUGUAAGAAAUGGCGGUAAAUUUUUCUUUUCCAUAAUUUUUGUUUGAUACAUAAACUUGUGAGCGUUUAAGGCACCUGAUAUCAACUACUGUUAUUGAUAGAGCAAUAAUUACUUAGUAAUUAAUGAUAAGUAACAUAACGUGGCUGCAGGAGGAGUGCCUUGACUCACCUAUGGCGUGCACUCAAUUGCUUUUCACCCAUUCACGUUAUUAUAAUGAAUAUAUUAUCGUUAUUAUAAUAACGAAUAUAUUAUACCGUUAUUAUAUUAUAACGUCAUUAUAAUAACGACAAAAUUAUAACGUUAUUAAUAACGUCAUAUAACCACUCGUUAUUCUAACGUCAUUAUUAUUUCAAUGUCAUCACAGUCGCUGGUUUUGAUAUGGUAUUAAAUAUUGUGAGUGAAUGCGUUAAAGUAAACAUUAUUAUGUUCACUAAAUAAUUACACGCUUGUACAGAUAAUAAAAUAAAAUAAUUAUUCGGCCCC